UUUCCCACUCUUCUAGCAGUCCGUUUAGUAAUCCGGCAUUAAUGGUUGUAGUUCGUACGUAAACGUUUGAGGUUACUUAUUUCGUAAACACAUACUAAUUAUGCUCAUUUAUAAUAAAACACCAGAUAAAAGGGAUUCUUUAACAAUAUAAUCAAUGUGCAGUUUUGUGGGAUGAGUGAGGUACUGCUGAAUUUUAAUUAAACAUACCAAUCACUGGCGCGGGAGAAGACAACAAAUUUUGCAGGUAACGGAAUGUGGAUCAAACCGGAGCAUUUGCCUACAAUCGUGUUGGUCAUAAACUUCGCGACCGCACAGGACAUAAACGCACCAACACCGAACACUCCAUAUGACCAGUUUGAUCGCAAUAUUCCUUACAACGAUCCAUUCAACAACCCUUCAACGAGCAAUCCGUACAAUCCAUUCACACAGUCGCAGUAUCCAGGGGGUAGGUUUGGACAAGAUGAUCCGUACAAUUCCCAGUUCACACCGCUCCCUAAUUGGCGACAAAACGAUUUUGGAUACGACAGAAAGCCCUACCAUCAGUCUAUUAUUAAGGAAACAACAUAUUUUGUUGUUGCAUCGCGCAUGGUGAGACCUAGUCAAUUGUAUCGCGUUGCCGUUACAGUGUUAAAAGCGAAACAGCAGCUCACAGUUCGGGCCUCUAUCCAACGAAAUGAUGUUGAGGUCUCUAGUGACCACAAGAAUAUUACCGUUGGCAUUCCAGAAACUUUGCUUAUGGAGGUGCCGUCAACAAGCGCUCCGGGUGAUUACAAAUUGAUUGUCGAGGGAUUAUACGAAAAUACUCUAGGAGGAGCAGCUUUUUCCAACGAAACUAAACUUACCUUUUCGCAACGUUCCAUGACCAUAUUCAUACAAACUGACAAGCCUAUUUAUAUGCAGGGAGAAGUUGUUCGUUUCAGAACAAUUCCGAUCAACACUGAGUUGCGAGCAUUUGACAAUGCGGUAGACGUAUACAUGUUGGACCCCAGUGGUCACAUAAUGAAGAGGUGGUUGUCUCGACAAUCUAAUUUAGGUACAGUGAGUCUAUCUUACCCACUCUCCAAUCAACCGGUAUUCGGAGAAUGGAAAAUUCGGGUUAUUGCCCAAAAUCAAGUGGAAGAGUCAUCAUUUUUUGUGGAGGAGUAUUAUCAAACCCGAUUUGAGGUUAACGUGACAAUGCCAGCUUUCUUCUUUACAACAGACGAAUACAUCCACGGUACCAUAAUGGCAAACUACACAAGCGGUGCGCCUGUGCGAGGUAACCUCACAUUGAAAGCUAGCAUUCGUCCAAUUCGGCCGAUGCAGCCGCCGAAAUUUACAAGAAAUCGCCCUUACGACAUUGAUAAAUUUAACGAUCAUUACAGACCAUACACCCCUGACAAUCCCUAUGAACCCAAUCGUCCCUAUGAUGUUAACCCGUACGAUCCAUUUCAAACGGUCGAUCCCAAUAAUCCCUAUGAUCCUAACCGGCAGCUCAGAUAUGAUAAUCCACAAGAUGCCAGUUAUUAUGGUGAACGUACGUUUGAAAAAUAUUUCAACUUUAAUGAAGAGUAUCCGUUUUGGUAUAACAGGCCUGAAAACUACUAUGAUCCAAUCCCUCAUUUGAAGUUUUUCGACGGAGCAUACCACUUUACAUACCCAAUGAGUGAAUUAUUACAAUUGGUUCCAUCGCUAGACGGUAUGGAAGUCAAAAUUACGGCAGUUGUUGGUGAGCACUUCCUAGAUGAAAUAAUUGAUGGGUAUUCUAUCGCCCGAAUAUAUAAUUCGUCGUUGAAAGUUUCAUUUUUGGGGGGUAGCCCCCAAAUUUUCAAGCCGGGAAUGCCAAUUACGCUCUACAUGGUCGUAUCAUAUCACGAUGGAUCCGAACUGGCAGAUGAGAAAUUGAUAAAUAGCGGUUUGGAACUUCAAUACCAUGCCGAAAUGAGGGGCGGUCAGCGGCGCGAUGUACCCGCACGCGAGUUGCCAAUGUCUGACAACGUGGGCGUUUGGCAGUUUGAGAUCGAUGUCAAAUCUGAUCUUGGGUUGGAAGGCCCGGAUGCUUACGACGAACUCAGCGAGAUUGCCAGCAUUCAGGUUCAGGUCAGUUUCAACGAUGGAUAUGGGCAAAUGGCAAGGAAUGAGCUCUUACUUUUGGCACAUCAUAGUCCUAGAAAUCAACAUCUCAAGAUAUCGACCAGCACUGUGAACCCAAAGGUUGGGGAAUACAUUAUACUGCACGUUCGAAGUAAUUACUAUGUUGAACGUUUCAAUUACCUUAUAAUGGCAAAGGGUAUUGUGUUGAUAACUGGGGACAAGGAUAUGAAAGACAAUGUUUACACUAUGGCUGUAACGCUCAGCUCUGAAAUGGCCCCGGUUGCAACUGUCGUGAUUUGGCACACGGGAAAGUAUGGUGACGUGACUGCUGAUAGUCUUACAUUUCCGGUGAAUGGCAUCAGCAGAAAUAAAUUUUCAGUGUUGAUCAAUAACAAGAAAGCAAAAACUGGGCAUAAGGUUGAAAUUGCAAUUUAUGGCGAACCAGGUUCCUACGUUGGACUUUCGGGUAUAGACAAAGCAUUCUACACCAUGCAAGCCGGGAAUGAGUUAACCUACGCUCAGGUAUUGACAAAAAUGUCGUCGUUUGACGAACAAACAAACGGCACUCAUAAACAUACAUGGAUUUCACACGAGGGCAAUCCGGAAGAACUCGUGUACUUCCCCUCCUCCACGUUCGGAAUCGACGCGAACCGCACUUUCGAAUACGUCGGUUUAAUUGUGUUCAGCGACACGGAAGUGGCGCGGCGUCUAACUUUUUGUAAUAGCUCGGAAGGUUGGGCGGAGUGCCUCAACGGGGAGUGCUAUAGGAUGGAACAUCGCUGUAACGGAUAUGCGGAGUGUCACGAUGGUACAGACGAAGCGGGAUGUCCAACGGAGAACGUUACUGACCUGUCGUUAUUCAGAAAAUAUCGUUUCAAUCGCAUUCAACGGCAAUAUGAGAACGUGUGGUGUUGGGAAGAUGUUAAUAUUGGCCCUCAUGGACGGUACAUUUUUAAUUUGGAUGUUCCACCACGUCCUGUUAACUGGAUGGUGUCUGCGUUUUCGAUAAGUCCUUCAAUGGGAUUUGGAAUGCUUUAUCAAGCGAUUGAGUAUGUCGGUGUAUUACCCUUCUUUAUUAAUGUCGAAAUGCCCGCAAAUUCCAUGGAAGGAGAACAAGUUGGGGUGCGCGUUUCGGUGUUCAACUACAUGACGGAUCCCAUAGAAGCCACUGUUGUCUUGAAUAGCUCCCCCGAUUACAAAUUUGUUCACGUCGAGGAAAACGGCGUUGUUCGAGCAUAUAAUCCGAGAACUUCCUUCGGUGAACACCAGUUCUUUAUUUAUAUUAAGGCUCAAGACGCUGCUGUCGUCUACAUUCCUAUAGUACCUACACGACUCGGUGACAUCGAUGUCUCCAUUCAUGCUACCACAUUAAUUGGAAAGGAUCAAGUAACAAGACGAUUGCAUGUUGAGGCUGAUGGUCUUCCACAAUAUCGUCAUCAAUCUGUUUUACUCGACUUAAGUAAUCGAGCGUACGCUUUCCAAUAUAUGCACGUUAAUGUUACCGAAACUCCAAUUUUGCCAUAUGAGUAUGACCGUUACUACGUAUUCGGUUCGAACAAAGCUCACGUGUCCGUGUUUGGAGAUGUUGUUACCGCGAUCUUCCCUACAAUGCCAAUGAAUGCAACGUCAAUGUUAAAUUUACCUAUGGAUUCAGCCGAGCAUAACAUGUUUUCGUUUGCCGCCAAUAUGUAUACAACACUUUAUAUGAGAUAUACCCAACAAAGAAAUCGGACGUUGGAACGUGAGGCUUUCCAUCACAUGAACAUUUUGUAUCAACGUCAGUUGUCAUUUAUGCAGCCCGAUGGAUCCUUUAGUUUAUUCAGAAGUGAUUGGAAUCAAUCCCACUCAUCAGUGUGGUUAACCGCUUAUUGUGCGAGGGUGUUCCAAGAGGCCAGCUUCUAUGAGUGGGAAAAUUAUAUUUACAUCGAUCCUGUUGUGAUCUCGAAGGCAGUGGAAUGGGUUUUGGAGCAUCAGACCGAGCAUGGAUCAUUUUACGAAACUACUUGGUCACCGAACAGAAAUUAUAAUGCGACAAUUAAUUGGCCGAAUGAUAAUAUUCGUUAUAGAAAUAUUUCGUUAACAGCGCACGUGUUAAUUAUGCUCGAAUCUGUAAAGGAUCUAACAAGUGGCCUAAGUUCCCGAGUAGCUAUAGCACAAUCAAAGGCAAUACGAUGGUUAGACAGAAAUCUUAAAUUAUUGGAGGAUUUAAUAGAAAGAGACAAAAGGAUCGAAAAAUUAAAAGAAGAAGGUAAAGAGGUUGACGAUCAUGAGAAACAUCAACGUCCAUUCGACAUCGCAAUUGUCGCCUACGCGCUAAUGAAAAGUAAAGCGCCAAAUGCAGAAACUGCCUACUCUUUACUGGCGAGGUGUGCUCGCAUCGAGGGCGGUCUCAUGUAUUGGGGACGUGAAAGUGUACCGCAACCGCCCUCAAAAAUUGAAAAUCAAAGACCUUUCCUCCUGCCGCGGUUACCUUACAAGUACGACUCAGAAAAUAUUGAAACCACUGCCUAUGGAUUAUUGGUGUAUGUUGCACGUCAAGAGGUAUUUGUGGAUUACAUCGUGCGAUGGUUAAAUACUCAGCGACUCACAGAUUAUGGAUGGGCUUCAUCGUCCGAUACCGCAUACGCAUUAAAAGCUCUGAUAGAGUAUACUUCAGUUCAACGUAUCCGCGAUAUUUCCAAAUUGAGUGUUACCGUUGAAGCAACAGCAUUACCAGGUAAAACGGGCAUCAUGUACGUUAAUGAACACAAUAGAGCCCAGUUGCAACGUAUCGAUAUCCCAAAUGCAUGGGGUACCGUAAAGGUACAAGGCACGGGAACGGGUUACGCAGUGUUGCAAAUGCACGUGCAGUAUAAUGUAGACAUCGCAAAAUUCCAAACCAAGCCUCCGGUGCCUGCGUUUGAUCUGUGGACACGAGCCGAAUUUUACGGCAAAAAUCACUCUCACAUAGCGUACCUUAGCUGCCAGAGAUGGAUUAACUUUAACGAAUCGGAACGUUCCGGUUUAACCGUCUUGGAUAUCACCAUACCGACAGGUUAUAUUAUUCAACAACAAAAACUGGACGCUUAUAUUUUGUCGAGACGUGUGCGCAACUUGCAACGUGCUCGAUUUUUGGAUCGCAAAGUGCUCUUCUACUUCGAAUAUCUGGACGAGCAAGAGACGUGUAUUAAUCUAACAGUGGAAAGGUGGUAUCCUGUGGCUAAUAUGUCUCGAUAUCUGCCAAUACGUGUGUAUGAUUAUUAUGCGCCAGAACGAUUCAACGAAACAAUAUUUGAUGCCUUAACGACGUACCUGUUGAACAUUUGUGAAGUGUGCGGUAGUAGUCAAUGUCCCUAUUGUUCCAUAUAUAAUGUGGCAGCUAAUCUUCCAGUACCUUUAGUAACACUAUUUUGUACUUUGUUUGUUAUGGUUAUCUACAAUUGGGGGAUAUACAAAGUGGUAUAAUUGUGAUUGUUAAUGUCCGUCUUCGAUUAUGCAGAUUCAUGACUCGCAUGAAUUUGCAUAAUAAUUAUAAUGGCGCACAUUCAAUUAAGUAAAAUGGACUGUAAAGUACAAGCUGUACUAAGUGUAGUGCCUCAUCUUAGAUUAAGGGAGACAUUUUACCAAAUUAUGACUUAUUUUACACCGACUGACUUAUUUGUCUUAGUAUCAAUUACCGUCCAUGAUUUUGUUAUUAAUUGCCAGUAAAUGUCAUAUCAAAUUUGAAUACUCAAAAGCUCAUUGUAUAAUAUGUUCUAAAUCCAUUGUAAAAAUGACAAUUUUUACAUUAUUGUAAAAAGUAUAAUUGUAGGUAGUAUGUUGAACUCUAAAGGGUCUUUAUUUUUCAAAAAAUCUAUCUUUUACGAGUGUUAAUGAUGAAAAUGUGCUGCUUCGAAUUGUAUAGUUUCUUGGUGGUCUAACCAAAAAGGGCUUUAAAUGCUCGUAGUCUCAAAAUAAACCGUCCAUUUGCACUGACUUAGAUUAGAAAAGUAAUAUAUUUCUUUUGUAGUUUAAUUAGCGAAAGGUAAGAUAUUUUCUCCUAUUUUUUUAACAUCCAAGCUCGAACAUUAAUGUCCUACAUUGUAAAUAAUUAAACUCAUUUUUUAAAAUUUGUAUUUUCAUGAAAUAAUAAAUUUGUGUUAGUUUAAGAUUAAUAUUGUUUGUAAACAUGUUGAUAUUCGAAAUAAAUAUUUUCUUUAUAUUAAAAAAA